GAAAAUGUCCGUACUUCGAAGAUAUAAAGAAGAAAGCUUUGGCUGGUGGUGACCAUGAUUCUCUACCGUCAAAGGAGGGUGGAUGUCCCUAUGCCGCAGGUUGUCCUCAUGCUCAGACCCAUCAUAAGCAUACGGGCGGUGGUGAUAUCGCGAAAUGCCCUUACAUGAACAAUAAUGUGAAAGGAUGCCCUUAUCUGAAAAAUGAGAGUAAAGAAGAUAAAGACUUAACAAAAAA